AUGAUUCGAUUCAGCUGCUCACAGCUCGUUGUGGCCCGUAUGGACCCCCUUGUAAAUCCAGAGCUGGCACAAUCCCCUCACGUCCAUCAGGUUGUGGGAGGCAAUUCGUUCGGCGUCAGCAUGGACCCAGAAACCCACGAUCUCGUCGAGCAGUCCACUUGCACUAGCUGCACCUUCUCGGAGGACUUCUCCAACUACUGGACGGCCGUAUUGUACUUCCGCGCACGCAACGGCACCUACAAGCGUGUGCCUCAGUUCCCCAACGUGGGACUCCGUGCCGAUCUGAUCAUCCCCGUAACAAAGGGAGGAGUGACAGUGUACUACAUCCCCCCCUACGACGGCAAAACGACCGUCACGGCCUUCAAGCCCGGUUUCCGCAUGCUCGUCGGAGACGCCGGCCUGCGCGAAGCCAAAGGCAUGCAGAAGCAGCUCUGCCACCGCUGCCUGGGCGCCGAGUACGACCAAGGCGGUGCCCCCUGCACCGGAACAGACUCGCAAACCCUGCCGAAGGGCUUCUGUGCGGGCGGCAUCCGAACCACUGUGACUUUCCCGACCUGCUGGGACGGCAAGAACAUCGACAGCCCCGACCAUAAGAGCCAUGUUGCCUACCCGGCAGUUGGGAGCUUUGAAUCAACGGGGACUUGUCCUGAAACGCACCCUGUUCGGCUACCUCAGCUCAUGUACGAGGUUAUGUGGGAUACCACGCAGUUCAACGACGAGGCCCUGUGGCCCGAGGAUGGCUCGCAACCAUUCGUGUGGAGCACUGAUGAUUCCGUCGGAUACACUCAGCACGGUGACUACAUGUUCGGUUGGAAGGGCGACUCACUCCAAAGGGCGCUGAAUGCCCGUUGUGGUAAUGCUGUCUGCAAGGAACUACGGACACAGACGUCAGAGGAGGCCAUGCGGUGCACCAUCCCGCAGAACAUUGCCGAGCCAGUGGACGGCUGGCUCGAGAAGAUCCCCGGAAUGGGAAUGGUGGACGGAGAGACAAACUAG